AUGGCUUCUUGUCUAGGGAGGGACGAAACAUCUCCAUUCCCAUGGUCCUCAAAGCUGUGCAUGAUGGGUAUAAACGUUGAACCUGAAAUCGUGACGUUGGCUGCUAAAUUCGCUCUAAUUAUGUCUAAAGAACCCACGACGUUUUCACUCAAUGACCUCAAGGCACACAAUGUCAUUGAACACGACUCAUCUCUCUCUCGCCAAGAUAUCGCUUUGGGAGAUAAUGUCCCUUUCAACGAGACCAUAUUUUCUACGCUUGCUAAUUCCAAUCCUGGUUCUGAUGUUUACAAUACGACAUCGGCACGACAAGUUCAGGACGUGUGA